AUGGACGUUUUAAUGUUCAUGCUAAUGCCACCAGGCCCUUGUGCACACGUUAUUAGUCAGUCCUUUAAACAAAGAGUAGAUCCAGAAGGGUACGAUUGGACACAAGUAAGCAAAGAAAUGCGUGAAUUAUAUUGGGAAGAGUUUCAGAAAAAAUGUUGUUGGGAUGAGACAAUAGACUCGCUGGUGAGAAAAGCUUGGGCAAGGAAAGUGACACAAAGUUAUCGUCAAUAUCUCUUCAACAUGAGGAGCCCAAAAAGAAAAAAACAUGGCUUUAAACCAGCUCAUAUUUCACAGGAAGUCUGGAACUCCUGUCAAUUAAAAUGGAAUACAGAAGAAUACAAGCUAAAGUCUAAGCAGAACAAGAAAAAUAGGCGUAACAGUGUGGCUGAUGGAGUAGCAAAACCCACACAUAACGCUGGAACCGCAUGUCAUUUGAAGAUAGCUUUUGAUUUUAAGAGGAAAUUAGGACAUGAGCCACCCCAUAGUGAAUUGUUCCUGUAUACACACACUAAGAAUCAUGUUAAAGUCACUUUCACAAAUGAAAAAGAUAGACAAAUUCAUGCGGCCUAUAUAGAAAAACGGGAAGAGUUGGAAGCUAAAGGUGUUGAAUUUGAGGAGGACAAGCUAUUUUAUGCUGUUGUUGGUGGUCAUGAUAAAAAAAGAAGACUUUAUGGAUUAGGCUCUUUUGCAAAGAAGAAACGAGGGAACUUGUUGCUAAAAAAACAGCAAAACGAAGAGCUUAAAGAAAUGAUGAACGCCCAACAAGAGGAAAACAAAGCAAGGAUCGGGCAUCUUGAAAAACAACUUCAAACGACAUUGGAUCUUAUUAAUGUCGUUACAAAACAACAAGAGUAG